GGUCCCCGCGGCCCCCGCGCCCUCCGCGCCACCGCCGCCGCGGGCCCGAGAGAGCGCCGAGCUGCCGCUGCCCGCUGGCUGGGAGGAGGCGCGCGACUACGACGGCCGCGUCUUUUACAUAGACCACAACACGCGCCAGACAUCGUGGAUCGACCCGCGCGACCGGAUAACAAAGCCAUUGACCUUUGCCGAUUGUGUUGGGGAUGAACUUCCUUUAGGAUGGGAAACUGUAUAUGAUAAACAAAUUGGAAUUUAUUACAUGGACCACAUAAAUAAGCUUACCCAGAUUGAGGACCCCAGAGAACAAUGGAGACGAGAGCAGGAACGGAUGCUGAAGGAGUACUUAAUUGUAGCCCAGGAGGCUCUCAAUGCCAAGAAAGAAAUCUACCAGAUUAAGCAGCAGCGGUUCGAGCUGGCUCAGGAGGAAUAUCAGCAGCUGCACAAAAUGUGUGAGGACGACAGCCGCUCAUACGCCAGCUGCUUCUCUGGAUAUUCAGCAAAUACAAAGUACGACCCAUACCAAAUUAAAGCAGAAAUAGCAAGUCGUCGGGAUAGGCUUUCCAGAUUAAAACGAGAGCUGACCCAGAUGAAGCAAGAACUGCAGUACAAGGAAAAGGGGGUGGAGACCCUGCAAGAGAUUGAUCGUAAGAUGUCAAGUGCUCACACCAACUACAAACUGGAUGAGGCACAGGCUAUAAUGAGUGAGCUCAGGACCAUCAAGAAGGCCAUUUAUACAGGCGAGAAGGAGAGACGGGACCUGAUGCAAAGCCUGGCCAAGCUUACCGAUGGCUUCAAGAACAGCUUUUCUCUUACGGAGCCCCUGCAAGAGUUCCCUCACAAUCCAGGUGAUUCCUUACCUCAGCAGUUCUGCGACGCUGGGUCUCAGACCGACAUCAUCGGAGAGUUCGUCUUUGAUGAUAAAACAAGACUUGUGGACCGAGUCAGGCUUAAUUGGCAGUAUGAGGAAGCCAAAAAGAGGGUGUCACAUAUCCAGCAGCAGCUGGCCCAGCUGGAUACCGAGUCCUGGCCGGGCAUGGCCGAGGCAGACAGGGACCGGCUGCAGCUCAUCAAGGAGAAGGAAGCCCUGCUUCAGGAGCUGCAGCUCAUCAUCCAGCAGAGAAGGCCCGGGGAGGACGUGGUGCGGCUGGAGGAGGAGCGGCGGCGCCUGGAGGAGGAGAUCCAGCGAGCCCGGGCCACGUCGGUGCAGGGCGCCACAGAAAGGAUUCUACUUCAGGAAAAAAGAAACUGUCUACUUAUGCAGCUGGAAGAAGCUACCCGUUUAACAUCCUAUCUCCAGUCCCAGUUAAAAAGCCUGUCCGCCAGCACCCUGACGGUGUCCUCCGGGAGCAGCCGCGGCUCGCUGGCCUCCAGCCGCGGCUCGCUGGCCUCCAGCCGCGGCUCCCUGAGCUCCGUCAGCUUCACCGACAUCUACGGACUCCCGCAGUACGAGAAGCCCGACGCCGCCGACGGCGGCCAGCCUCUGCGCUUCGACCUGGUCCCCUUCGACUCCCUGGGCCGGGACGCCCCCUUCACCGAGCCCCCGGGCCCCUCCGCCUUCCACAAACAGAGGCGCUCCCUGGACACGCCCCAGUCCCUGGCGUCCCUGUCCUCGCGCUCCUCCCCUGUCCCUCGCUGUCCCCGCCCAGCCUCGCCCCUGGACCUCGAAGGACCUCGCGAGCGAGGACCCCCAGCGGCUGCGGCUCCCACGGGCGCAAUAGUGACUCUUCGAGAAGACAGUGCCAAGAGGCUGGAGCGGAGGGCGCGCCGCGCGUCUGCGUGUCUGUCGGAUUACUCGCUGGCCUGUGACAGCGGGGUGUUUGAACCCCCCAUCAAAAAGAGUGAAGAUGCUGACGAGCCUGCGCAUGGGGACGCUGGCGGGAAGGAGGGGCCCCGCAUCCACGUGGGACUUUUGCUUGACAGUGCCAGCGAGUGCCUCCUGGUCAAAGUGCUGCAGCUGCAGAACUUCGCGGGGCGGGUGCUGAGGGAGGACUGCAGAGUACACAUCCGCGUCUAUCUGCCGCCGCUCGACUCCGGCACGCCGAACACUUACUGCUCUAAGGCUCUGGAAUUCCAAGGCCCCCUGGUAUUUAAUGAAGUUUUCAGAAUCCCUGUGCAUUCAAGCAUGUUGACGUUGAAGUCCGUUCAGUUGUACGUGUGCUCAGUGAAUCAGCAGCUGCAGGAAGAACUGCUGGGCAUCGCUCAGAUUAACCUGGCCGACUACGACGGUUCGGGCGAGAUGCAGCUGCGCUGGUACUCCGUCCAGGUAUUCACCGGCCCCGAGCCGCCCCGGCGGGAGGAGGAGCGGCCAGGAGAUGGCGCCUCCCGGGACCCCGCGCCCACCGCCUCGGGGAAGACGGAUGCGGUGACAGUGUUGCUGGCUAGAACCACAGCCCAGCUGCAGGCAGUGGAGAGGGAGCUGGCCGAGGAGCGAGUCAAGCUGGAGUACACAGAGGAGGAGAUCCUGGAGAUGGAGCGGAAGGAGGAGCAGACCGAGGCUGUGUCCGAGCGGAGUUGGCAAGCCGACUCGGUGGAUAGUGGCUGCAGCAGCUGUGCCCAGACCAGCCCCCCACACCCAGAGCCCUGCUGCAUUGGCGUCGACUCCAUCCACAGACAGAUGUUUGCGGGCCAGGCGGAUCCUUACAGCCCCGAGAAACUUCGGCCCCCAACUCUUAAGGUUGAUAAGGAAACCAACACAGAAGAUCUCUUCCCAGAAGAAGUAGCAAGUCUUCCGAAGGAGAGGCCCGGCCGCCGGGCCCGCGGCUCGCCCUUCGUCCGCAGCAGCACGAUCGUCCGUUCCCAGACCUUCUCGCCUGGAGCACGAAGCCAGUAUGUUUGCAGACUUUAUCGUAGUGACAGCGACAGUUCAACGCUGCCCCGGAAGUGCCCCUUUGUCCGGAACACUUUGGAAAGACGAACCCUUCGCUAUAAGCAGCCCUGCAGGUCCUCCCUGGCGGCGCUGGGGGCCCGCACGUCCCUGGACCUGGAGCUGGACCUCCAGGCAUCGCGGACGCGGCAGCGGCAGCUGAAUGAGGAGCUGGGCGCCCUGCGCGAGCUGCGCCAGCGCCUGGAGGACGCCCAGCUGCGCGGCCACACCGACCUCCCGGCCUGGGUGCUGCGGGACGAGCGCUUCCGGAGCCUGCUGCGGGAGGCCGAGAGGCAGACAAGACAGACCAAACUUGACUUCCAUCAAGAGCAGGCAGCCGAGAAGAUGCUGAAGAAGGCCUCCAAAGGGGUGUGCCAGCUGCGCGGGCAGAACCUCAAGGAGCCCAUCCAAGUGCAGACGUUCAGGGAGAAGAUAGCCUUUUUUACAAGACCAAGGAUUAACGUACCUCCUCUGCCCGCCGACGAUGUUUGAUGCAGCGCUUUGUACACAUGAAGUAUUUAUCUGCCCAUUUUAUUUUCAUGAAGUUCUUAGACUAGCUAAAUUUGUCUUUAAAAUAUUUGUGCAAAGCUAUUAAUAUACACAUUUUGUAAAAAAAUAAAAACAAAACACAUAUAUCUAUACAUAUAUAUUUUAUAAUAGUGACGGCAACAGGGCUUGGUUUUUCCUUGUUGUGAAAUUGACAUCUCUGAAGACAGGUUAUUUUAUAAAAGAUCAACUAUCAUGUUAAGAGUGUACAGUUUUUACGCUGUUUUAUUUGACUUAAAGGCUGGAAGACAGAAACGAAGUGAGUUCAGGCAAAUUCACUGUAUUGUAAUUUAUUUAUAGUACUUUUUUUUUCCUUGAAGGAAAAUACCGACUUUAAGAUAUAUUUUAAGACUGAAAUUUUGUUCUUCAGUAUUUGUCAUGCAGUAGAAUGGAACUUUGGGGCCGGUUUUGUUUCUCACACCUGAAAUGCAAAUGCUCUGUGCUAAACUCGUCACUCAUGUCCGUUUCCCGUGUGUGCAUUUAUCAUGUUCAUUGUAAGUUUCACACCUUCUGUGUUCUGUUAAGAUGCCACGCGCGGGGGUUCAGCCCCAGUCAGUGCCGUGUGCGCCUGGCAGACCUCGCUCUCCCACGAUGGCCCCUCGUUUCCGUCUUGCCUUCCGUGCGCCUUUCCACGCGCACCGCGAGUCUGAAGCCGGUUCCCGAGCCCCCGUGGCCUGUCCACGGUGACCGGCCACAUAGCCGUCCUCACCCGGCCUCGGGCAGCCCCGCCUUUUGAGUCCGCUGCAUCUGAUCCUGACCAACCAGGAAGGUGGUGGUGGAGCCCCGCUCUGCCGCUCUGUCCUGAUGGAACCUGAGAGGAGACGUAGGAACACGCGAUCUCAGUGGAGCAGUGGCCCCGCUGAUGGACACAGUCACCACGUAGACCUGACCGCCUCUGAAGGCGCUCUUUUGAAGAAGCAGGCGUCUGUGGGUAACGCAACUUACCCAGCGAGUCACUCCCAGGAGAGUGUGUGCUUUAAAUCAGAGCCCCCGCACCCCCCACUGGGGUCUACCCAGUAUCUCUUCGGAAAUCUUAGAACUAGUUCACGAGGGAAAAAUUCUUAUGUAAUAAAACUGUACCAUUCUUUUAAAGUACUAAAUGGUAUAGUUUGUCUAAUCCAUAUUUAUUACCUAUGAAAAGCACUCCCCUGCACAAGGCCUGGGUUGAGGGGUGAGGUGAGCCACGCCAAAUGCCAGAGAAGCCGGAGCCUUACUCCUGGCCUCCCCGCCCCCCCACCAGCAGUGCACCGCCCCCCCAAUCAGCAGCCUCUCUUCUCGUUAAUCUGUAACUGCCCGUUGUAUCACCCGCCUUCCUUUCCACGUUUAUUAAAAUCAGUUUUGUAAAAGCAUUUCAAUGACACGCGACCAAUCACGGACAGCGAAGUCAUCAGUGGUGGUGAGACUGUAAACUUUGCUUUUCCACAGUUAUCACCUCUCGCUAUGUACUUCUGCCUCUAGUCUCGCUUUUUUUUUUUGCUGAUUUCUCUGUAUACAUGCCCACAACAGAGGUAGAGACACACAAAACAUCAGUCCUGGCCCGAAGUGCCCCGUGGGCGACAGCCUUGCUGAGCAGCUCAAGGGGGUGGCAGGACCUCCUGCCACCAGCUGUUGGAAGCUUUAAACUCGGAGGGAGAAUUGGGGUGUGUGGGAGCACAUCAUUUACUCCAGACAUGGGGGAUCCCUGCCCACGGGAUGCUCCCAGUGGGUUGCGGGUUGAGCCAGAUCUGCCAGCCCCUCUGGAGCAGCGACAUGGGAAAAACCACUCCACUAAUACAGGAAGCCCUCAAGGGUUUUCAUAUAAAUGUUACUGCCUAGUAGGUACAGAUUUCCAUUUGCAGUGGUGCUUCCCCACCCCAGAGUUAAGGAAAAAAAAAGAAAUCCCACUUUGCCCCACCAGAAAUAAAUGCUGCCCCCGCUUUGGUAUCAGCUCAAGGGGCGCUGUGUUUGCGCCUCUCCCCACGCUCCUGCCUCCCUCCCGCAUCUGUCUGCCUCUGCACCUGAGUGGGACCACAGUCAGCAAGGAGAGAAAAGCCGGGCACAUGAAGGACUGAAGGACGGAGAGGUGGUGGAUUCUGUGCCAGCCCCGCAGGCAGGACACUGAGCACCUAAUUGGCUUCUCUUUCUCGAGUUGAUGUUGCAGCUUCCGACUAGUUAAGACCACCACCCCCUGGAAAAUAUCCCACCCAGCAGAAAAGUGAAAUCCUAGCGUCUUAAGGGGUAUUUUCUUAUGUUGAAGUUUGUCCAUAACCGUGCCUUGUGAUACGAAAACUGCCGUGUUUUGUCAGCAGCGUUAGUCUGGAGAUGAUCCGAAGUCUGCCACCAGGGUCCUUUAGAAAACAGUCCGAUGAGUAAAAGGGAAUUUGGUCUUCACUUCAUCUGAUCACUGAAUUGUCACCACUGAAAUUGUACCUUCUGUUGUGGGAAUAAGUUAUAAUCAGUAUUCAUCUCUAUUUUUGUCACUGUUCUAAUUGUCAUUUGUAUUGUUUGAAAAUAUUUCUUCUAUAAAAUUAAACUAACCUGCCUUAAGAACAGAA